GCCGCCGCCGCCGCUACCACCACCACCACCACCGCGAUGGCUCGGCCGCUGGUGCCCAGUUCCCAGAAAGCGCUGCUGCUGGAGCUCAAGGGGCUGCAGGAGGAGCCGGUGGAGGGCUUCCGCGUGGCUCUGGUGGACGAGGGCGACCUGUACAACUGGGAGGUGGCCAUCUUCGGGCCCCCCAACACUUACUACGAAGGCGGCUACUUCAAGGCCCGGCUCAAAUUUCCCAUCGACUACCCGUACUCCCCACCAGCCUUCCGCUUUCUGACCAAGAUGUGGCACCCGAACAUCUAUGAGACAGGGGACGUGUGCAUCUCCAUCCUGCACCCCCCAGUGGAUGACCCCCAGAGUGGGGAGCUGCCCUCAGAGCGGUGGAACCCCACGCAGAAUGUCAGGACCAUCCUUCUGAGCGUGAUAUCCCUGCUGAAUGAGCCCAACACCUUCUCGCCGGCCAACGUGGACGCCUCGGUGAUGUACAGGAGGUGGAAGGAGAGCAAGGGCAAGGACCGCGAGUACACAGACAUCAUCCGGAAACAGGUCCUGGGGACCAAGGUGGAUGCGGAGCGCGACGGCGUGAAGGUGCCCACCACACUGGCCGAGUACUGCGUGAAGAGCAAGGCGCCGGCGCCCGACGAGGGGCCGGACCUCCUGUACGACGACUACUACGAGGACGGCGAGGCGGAGGCGGACGAGGAGGCUGGCAGCUGUCUGGGGGACGAGGACAGCUCCAGCAAUGAGGGGUCCUGACGCUGCGCCCCAAGAAAUAAACUCUCAGAUUUUACCUCACGACCGGCCUGGUGGGCUCGGCCCUCGGACUACCUCACGGAGCUCCCGUGGUCCCUCCUGGCGUGCGGCUCCUGGGUCCUCUGCUCCCCCUGUUCGGGGUUUGCCUCUGCUGCAGAGGACCGUGACUGCCCGAGGCCUGGGCUCCAGGGACUGGCGUGACCCAGUGGGGUCCUUGAAGCCAGAGGCGACAGGUGGGCGAGUUGGGAGGGCCCAGGUGAUGUGGGGUUGGGGGGCGGGACCUGCUGCCCAGCAGCUCUGCAAACUCAGCAUCCGGCAACGAGUGGUGAGUGACUUGCGGCCCCUCUCCUCUGCUCAUUUGGUUUGAAUCUAAAUAAAACU